CAGUUAUGCACAGACCAUCCUAACGUUUCCUCAGUUUCCCUCAGUGCUUCUACUCUCCGCAGCGUUGUCAUUCAAUGGCUUCCCUAGAGAUACCCUCCAGACCCCCGCCACAACCUAUUCAUCCAAGCUCUUCAGGACCAUCAGUUUCUGCCUACAGGAUGGAAUCUCGCCACCAUGACGAACACCUCAACCCGAGAUUCUUCAUAGGGCCAAUGCCUGAGAAGGUCUUACCAGACCCAGAAAUACUGUCGAGCAACAAGAAGGGGAAAAAACACGCUAAUCUUCUUCGAGGACUUGACGAUUCAGAACAAGACGACGUACAACUUGCUCAAAUCAUCAAGGAGAAUGCAUUUGCCUUUUUCUUGCAUCAAGGAGGUAGGGAGGAGGACUGGGGUGAGGAUAAAGAGCGAUGCGUUCGUCGAGAAAUGGCACGUCGAUGGCGAGAGAGUACUUGGGUGAUCCUCAUGAAGAAUCGUCGCGAGGAGAAGCAAAAACGGAUACCCAAUCGUUGGAUGGGAUCUAGUUUUGAAAUCGGUGAAAUAGCUGGAAUCAAUGUCAUCAGUGAAGCCGCCGCAGUACGUUCUCUGGUCUCCAGCACCACUUCCUUCCAAUCUAGUUGCAACGAAACAACAGUACCGUAUCUGCCUCUGGAUGCGGCCAUAAGUCAGAUCUCUUCGCCAUCUAAUCCCUCAGAAAGGCCAGAGGCUUCAAGGGUUCUAUCUUCAGGACAGCAGACAUUUGUAACUGCUCCAUCAGAGCCUCAGCCCAGUUCCUCACAAGCGAAGAUUGACGUUGAAGUCGAAACACAACACACCCACUCUCCCACCUUUUCUGGAGAUCCCCGUACUUCCUCUCAAACCCCAUUACUUUCUCCACCUUCUCUGCCAGCAUUGAACUCAUCACGUAGCGACAGGCAAGAAACUCCCAGAAGGCCUAUUAUCAAGCUUCCCUCACUUGUCCGAGGUGACCCUCCAAAGGACAAGGGCAAAGGAAAGAAGGUUCAUUACGACUUAUCGCCAGUAACCCUUACGUCGAACGGGCCUCGUGAACCUGCACCUCCGAGCGAGGUCCUGCAGAGAUCAGGGGAAGAAGUGCAAGAUACAAGCGCAGGAGCAAUGAGCGCGUCUGUGGAUGUUACCGACCUCCAGUGGGGCGACGUUGUUAUGCGAGAUCGCAUGCUCGUUCGAAUCUUCUCCUCUCAGCUAUCUGCUCUUCCACGGUUUUUCGACGAGCAUAAACAUCGGCAGACAAGAAAACUUUACUACGAGGAUUGGCAAGAGUUCAUGAUUGUUUGGCGGAUGGACCGCAUCGAAUUCUACGAAAACUACACCAUGCCUGGUGAAGAAUGGGUUAGAGGACACAAGAACCUUUCCUAUAUCAUCCCUCUCAAGUCCGGCAGAACCAAGCUCUCGAUAUAUUCGUUUGUGGACCUCACAUUCUGUAUAACUUGUCCACCUACGUCCAGACGUUAUAACCCCACAACGCGGAAAUGGCAAAUUCACAUCUCUAAAGAGGGCACGUUCGUAUAUAUCUUCAAGAUCAAAUGCCGUUCUAGGGCGUACGACUGGACGUGGCAGUUAUGGCGUCAUCUCGGUGGUCAACUUCCUCCCACCAUUAGUGUUCGGAAUCCCCGUGUCGAUAGUAAAGUGAACAUCGAUAUGCCGGCAGUUGAUACGGCGGAAGUCUAUAAGGUGUUCACGAGGGACAACGUUAUUGCAUUGUGCUAUGAGAAUCUUCGUUCUGUACAGGACUGGAAACAUAUAAUUGAAAAACAAGUCGCGCAAGGGCGGGUUUUGGAACUGGCCUGGAGAAGAGAAACUCAUCUUGAUUGGAUUUGGCUAGAUGACGAUGUGGAUGGCAAACGAAGGAAUUGGGCCGUGCUUUGUGGACUGGUGUUAAAAGAAUCCACCGUUCCCGCGCAUUUGGAAAUUCGGCUUGGAGAACACUCCCCUAGGUUUUUGUUUCUGAAGAACGGGACUCGUCUUGAGGAACCUCCAGCGGUGGAAGGAUACGUAGACCGCAUCAAACCCUUUGGACAGGCGAGACAGUCGAUUUAUCUUAGCGUUCAUGACGGGAAUCUUUUCACCUUGAUUCCGGCGCGUGCAAACCCACCUACUCCUAUUGGCCCUUUUCCUUUGACUCGAAGUACCACCGAACAUUAUUCGGAGUCAUUGCGUCAAUCAGAGGUUCGAAGAGGUGCACGACAGAUCUUGAACGCGAGCGGGGUUGCGGAUCUGAGGAAAGUAUUGGUGGUGAGACGCGCGAGUCAUCCCGUUAUACAACAUCAGCAUAAUCUGAAGGAGGAGCCGGAGGAUGAGAAUUGGGUUCAUACGUGGUCUGAAGGGGAGGUAUCCGCUGAGGAUGAUGAAGAUGAGGGUGGGGACGGUAUGUUACAGAAGGUGACGGCCGAAGAUAAACCUAAGUUGAGAAUGAGAAGAUCGUUCGAACUGUUCUUCAAGAACGGGCAUGUCGUGAGAUUUGAGGCAUAUUCCUGCCGUUAUGCCAUUGAAUGGGUUCAACGCCUCAGAGAGCUCGUUCACUUUUGGAAGCUCAGACAUCGGAAUGACGCCCGUGAUGAAAUGGAUCUUGCUCAAGCUCUCCGUCCUCGUGUAACGCCGAAGACAUAUCAGGAGAAAGACCGGGUGAUUUACCCUGAACCACCUCCCGACCUCUCCUCUCCUAUGCCUGCGCUCGGAUUACUCUACAAUUGGUGUGUUUUGGAGGGAUGUAAACCCAUAGUGAGGGGAGGCAAACUGUUCAUGCGUCAGGGAUUGCGUGGACAAUACAAGUUGGUGCAAAUGUUCAUCGUCUCGGAGAGUAUUGUCCAGUUCCAUAUCAAGCCUAAUAAUUCCUUGAGUCGCUCAGAGGCAAAGAGGAUAAAUCUGAUGGAUGCCUACGUUUGCUCCGGAUACUUUGCGGCGCAAGCACUACCGAGCGGACAAUACAAUGCCAAUGCCAACAAUGAAGCACGUCGUUAUCAGGAUGGCUUGGAGGCCAAUGAUCCCGAAGAAGAUAGGCUCUUUAUGAUUUGGUAUAAAUCACAUACAAAGAGCCAAGAGAUGGCAACAAAGGAUGCAUCCGAUGCCUCUCUUGCUUCUUCCCCCCCUGCCCCACCCUUGGAUGCUCGGAAGAAGAAAAUGGCGGUAUUUCGUACGAGAAGCAAGUUGGAGAGGGAUGCGUGGUGCUGGGCGUUAAAUUGCGAGAUUGAGAAAAUUGCGAGAACACGGAGAGAUAGGGAGACGAAGAUGAGAGAGACCGGCGGACUGAUGAAUCUCUAGAUUUCUGUCGCGAUGACUGUUCAUAUUGGCACAUGUUAUUCACGGACAUUCGUUUGGACGGGACUUCACAUACCUGCUAUACUACAAUUAUACACUCUAUCUAGUACUACACUGUAUAAUUUUUUUUCAUUUUCCCCCUUAUGCCAUGUUCGGUAAUUCAUAGUGGUACCGGUGCACCAAUGGCGUUGGGAGGU